AUGCCCCCUCCAGAUGGCCCCCAUGCGCCGCCUCCUGCGCAUGCUAUUUACGAGCAUCCAUGGCAACCGCGCCCGCCGUACCCUCCCUCCUUCGAUGGCCAUGCGCCGGAUCGUCGACACUCCGGUACCCCUCAGGGUCCGCUGCCACCGCAAGGAUAUCCUGUCAUGCCGAAUCGAGAGCUGCCGCAGCUACCCCCAGAAGGGCCGUACGCCCGUCCAAACACGGUCCCCGGGCCCCCGCAUGCCGUACCGGAUCAUAACCCCCCACCGCUCCCCAACUAUCGACCCCCGAUGAAUGGCGGCCCUCACGAAGCCUCCCCGCAUUCCGCACCACCGGAUUAUCGGCCGCGCAUGAGCUACCCCCCUGCCGAACCUACUGCCAAUGGCGAAACAACCCCGACCUCUGCUACGCUACCCCCUUCGUCACAGUUCAUGCCACCCGGUGGCCCAGUUUCUACAAGUACGCCAGGACCUUAUGAUCCAGGAUACUAUCAAAAUCCGGCCUUUGGAGCUCGCCAACGGAAGGCCGCCCGAGCGCAGCAGGCUUGCGACCAAUGCCGAGCAAGAAAAGCCAAAUGUGAUGAAGGUCGACCGGCGUGUAGCCAUUGCAAGGAGACCAACUUGAUUUGCAUUUAUAAAGAGGUUCCCCCUCAUAAACAAGAGAAGAGUACGCAGUUGAUCAUGGACCGAAUCAUGGAACUGGAGGAUAAGAUGCAAGAUCAAUUCGAUCGCUUCAACGGUCUAUGGAAGACCCUUGAAGAAGUCCUAGCUGCAGUGACCAAUCCUGAUCCAUCGCGAAUGGCCAAACUUCGUUCAAGUCAUCCACAACCGCCUCCGCCCCUCCCAGCCGCUGCCUCCUCUUUCCAGCGCGAACCAGCUUUGAAAGCCGAACCGACCGGCCAGCUGUCAACGGAAAUCUUAGAGGACUAUGGCGCCCAAAGCAGUGGUGCUGGACAGGUGCUUGAUCCGAACUCCAGUUUCGAGGACCCAUCAAUGGCAGACAAUGAAGGAGAGCUAUCAAUUCCAGUCGAGCAUACGACCGCCGCGCAUAAACUUCUCAUGUGGCCGUCAAUCAAGAGGCUACUUCGAGCACCCUACGACGAAGAUUAUGUAAUGAGACUGGAGGAACAGCGGGGCCUCAUCAGUGUUUAUGGACAGGGCGAGAUCUCAUUCACGGCUGAUGAUACACUCUUGCCAACAACUUCUUCGAACCAUACGGAACACGGUGCCUUCUUCGAGGAAAGUAAAUCCAACCUGGAUGGCUCGUCAAGAAUCCAGGAAAGAACAUCAUGGUAUGCUCAAGGUGCAGAAAUUGAUCGAUUCGGUCUCUUAAACCUGGAUAUCAAUACUGCUCGACGAUAUGUUCGGAGUUAUCUGGACCGGAUACACAUUCUGCAUCCUUUCCUAGACCAGUACCACCUUGAAAAGAAACUGGAAGUCUUCAUGCGUGUUUACGGCCCUCGCACCACAUCUCCAACUACCGAGACGAAUACAUUGUGUCGUGAGAAAAAGCGAAAGCGUUCCCACGAUGAUCUACAGGGCAUUCGAGGAGCCCCGACCAAUCCUGGCUCGACUUCUUCUCGUCCCCAUGUCGGACAAAACAUCGACAACGCAAUCAUUCUCUUGGUCCUCGCUCUAGGAGCUAUCUGUGAGGUUAAGUCGCCGCUUCCUGGCCCGAUUAUGGACGAAAAGGUUGCCUUCGACAAGCAAAAGAUUCCUAGAACCCUUCCACCUAUAAAAAGGGAUUCCAACGGAAACGUCAUUCCCAACGACACUCCCAACAACACUCCCAACAAUACUGCCAACAAUACUGCCAACAAUACUGCCAACAAUACUGCCAACAAUCCUGUCAGCAAUACUGCCAGCAAUACUGCCAAUGGAGUUCUGUCUCCCGCCAAUUCAGAGUCUGCGCCACCAUCCACGUCUUUCUACGAGCAAAAUCCUCCCGCCAGCAAUUCCUACCCUUCGCCCGCUUCGGACACCAGCUUCAGUAAGACCCUUGGCAGGCGAACCAUCUCCUCGAUCGGCGAUGAUUACGGGAACGUCAAGAACCUACAGGUCAUCCCAGGGCUCGCACUCUACGGAUACGCAACUUCCAUUCUGGGUCUUUUGCAGGGUGGCGUUGAACUGGAGCAUGUCCAGGCGGGCUUGCUUGCUGGCCUUUAUGCUGGACAACUAGCGCAUCCAUUCCAAAGCCACGGCUGGAUUUGUCAAGCCGCCCGAGCCUGCCAAGUGCUUGUUCGACACAAAAGAUACGAAAGAUUGGAAGAAAGCGAGCUGAAAGACCUCUUCAAUUUUGCGUACUGGACUUGUCUACAGCUUGAAAGUGAUCUUCUUGCCGAGCUUGAUAUUCCGGCGAGUGGAAUUUCUCGGUAUGAAGGUCGGAUGAGCCUACCCAAGGGUAGAUAUACGAUCACUUUGCCCGACGACCUCAAUGCGCCUAGUACCAUGAUGAUGCUCUUUUAUUCUGCUCAGAUUCAUCUUCGCAAAGUUCUCAACCGUGUUCACACCGACCUCUAUAAGGUUGAGAAGCAAGGCAAUCCGAACUGGUCAUCCACUGUGCAAGAGACGCUGAGUAUGAAUCUCGAACUCUGGCGGAACAGUCUGCCAGAUACCAUGAAAUGGGAUGACAACGGCGAGCCCGCUGAUGAAAUCAAUGCCGCACGCAUGCGCGCUAAGUACUACGGUGCUAAGUACAUCAUCCACCGUCCGCUCUUAUACCACGCUCUCCACUUUGGCCAGCCGAGUGUGCAGACCGGAUCGGCCAGUCAGCCUGCAGUGGACUCCCCGACCGGUUCAGUUUCCGUUACUACCUCGCAGACUCAGCAGAUGUCCCCAUCCAUGACGCAGAGCGGCAGCACGCAGAUGCAGCGCAUGCAGAGUGAUAUAGGCUCUGCGCCCAGCAAUUCUGCGUCCACUUUCCCCGAAAACUGGGUCCCACCCAAUGUUGACAUGCGUGAUAUGCCACGCAAGCUUCGUCGCGCCUGCAGGGUCUGUGUCGAGUCCGCGAUUUCGAGUACCAUUGCGUUUGAUGGUAUUAAGGAUCGAUUGGUGGUCACCAACAUCUUCGGUACUGCUCAUGCUCAAUUUGGUAACAUGCUCGUCCUGGCUGCGACAUACAAGUCGAGUCUCUCCGAGCUUGUGCAACGCGGGGUCCUCGACCAGCUUCUGAAACGGACCAUCCGCUUCCUCCUGCGCAACGAAAACAUCUCUCCUUCUCUCCGGGCAGAUGCGCGCAUCUUGACGGAAAUCUACGAAACAAUUUUCCACCACCCACCUCGUCUCAAUGAGUAA